AGAAUGUGUCCUUUUAUGGAGGUGCGAACAUUAUUUGUAAGUGGGCUACCUAUGGAUGCAAAACCAAGAGAACUCUAUUUACUUUUCAGAGCUUAUCAAGGUUACGAAGGGUCGUUAUUAAAAGUCACAGGAAAACCUGGCAAAAACACUUCACCCGUAGGAUUUGUAACAUUCGAAAGCAAGUCUUGUGCGGAAUCAGCAAAACAGGCUCUUCAGGGUGUUCGAUUUGAUCCCGACAAUCCACAAACGAUACGGUUAGAAUUUGCCAAGUCAAAUACAAAAGUCACCAAACCAAAGCAGACAUCACCACUGCCAACAAACCCUACCUUGACACCACAGAUGACCCCACGAGAUCCAUAUGAGAUUCCUGGAGUUUUGUUACAAACAGCACCGGAAGCCUGGAACCACCAUCAUCCAGUUCCCACAAACUGGUCCAACAUACACGACGCUAACGUGGGAUUAAUGGGCCGACAACAACAUCAGCAAUUAAGCAUAUUGACAGCAUACGCAGAUCUCGCAGCUCCGGCAGCAAUACACCAACAGAUGUUUGCCCAUCAUGCAAUUCACCACGCACAGGUACCAGUGGAAGGCAACCCACGAGUAGCUUACGUGUUGCCACAGGCCCUAAGGCCCAGUGUUCCUUGGGCAAUAACUAUGCGAGGGAAGCCCCACCCCACACACCCUGCCAUUGCACAUCCCCAUCCUCACACCCCCUUACCACAGCCUGCCCUCCCGGUCAUGACGGCGAUGGCUGCGCACUGUUCCACCCUCUUUAUCGCAAACCUUGGAACGAGCACUACCGAACAAGAACUGAGAGAUUUAAUGAGCGGGUGAGUGCAACAACGUUUUCUUGCAUCGAUCGUCCUUCCCAGCCAUCACCCAGACAAAGGAACCAUGACAUUCUUUUACUUUGGAAUGUCUAAAAAUAAACAUUUAAUUUAAUAAUUAAAAUUUUCUUGAUGUAAUGAAACAAAAUAAAUUACAAAUAAGUCUGGUAAGCAGCCUAACAGGGAGUAUUAUUUAUUAUGACAAUAGAGGGCGGCAGUAACAGUGUAUCAUGCACCAUCAGGCCACACUGUCAUUAUUUUAAGUACAGCACUGGUAUUUGCCAAAGUCUUGUUUGUUUCUCACUUUCUCAUCAUAUCUUUAUUUGGAAUCUGGAAAGCAUUGUCGUGCUACUCAAAACAAUCAUAUUUCAUUUCUGCUUUACUCUACCCAUUUCAUAUUAGGUGCAUGCUUACUUAAAAACUUCACAGUUUGCUAACUAAAAUGUCACAGAAAGUAAACCUGUAUUGAACGUUCUUUUGGAAUGCAUUUAUAACUGUUCUUGAAAGCGUUCAUAUUUUGAAAACAUUACAUGCUUUAAAAGCUAGUGCUCACCACAUCCAAGAUUUCAAAUAAUAUUUAUUUCAAAGCAACACAAGUGCACAUGAACUAAAUUCUGUAACUAAAAUAAUGUUGUACACAAACAGGAAAACAUGUGCUGUCUAGUAGACCAUUGAUUGGUUACUAACCAACUGCACU